CUUGUUUGAUCAGUUGGGGUUAAGGCUAGUAUGUUCUUCGUAUUUAACCCUUGAUCGAUGACCACAAACAACAACAAGUAGAGACUUGGAUACUAGAUACCCUCUGUGUCCUCCAAAAUCCUCUAACAAACGACUUGGACUCCCAUGUGGACCGGUACGCGGAGUGUGAGUCCAAGCUAAGAUCUCGGAUGUCUUCUGUUAAGGCUCUUCCUCAUGCAUCUCCGACUGCAUCCUUGAAAAGGAUGAGGAACUAGUUCCCUGCGCCAUUCUUCACGGAUGCAUUUGAAAGAUGAACUACGGAGCGGUCUAAUUCUGAAGUCCUCCAAAACUGGUCUCAAUUUGCAACUGGGAUGUCUCUAGUGCAGAAAAUAUCCACGGAUUUGACGUUCACCCAAGUCCUAGUGGCGAACGCCAGACGGAAGCUGCAGCACUCUCGGACUUCACUCCAUGAACAGCGUCGAGCAGUGGUUUUGAAGACACGACAAGCACGGCGGUUGACCGAGGUACGUGCACUUCUGCGAAGGCUGCUGCGAGUGCAGAGUGCAGGAGACGGGAUCGCCAAGACGCUGAAACAAGGUCGCUACCUGGACAGCGUGAGACAAUUGAAAGAACUGCAAACUGCGUUUUUCAUUGGUGGGAAGAACGAGACGAUGGGAGGCGCGACGUCGUCGUCUUCUAGAGGAGGUGAGAAACGAGUUAUGAACGACGUAUUUCUUGCAUUUCUUGGAUCGCUGCUCAUGCUCUACAACAGAAAUAUCUCCUUCACGAGAUAUGAACGAGGUGCAUCGCAAAUAACUCGCUAUAAUAUCUUCCCACGAGGCUGUCGAUGUAGUUACGAAGGUAGCACAAGAGGACCACGACGACGUAGAUUUCUGUAAGAAGUUCGUGUGCAUAGGAGACCUGCAGACCCGCAUCGCAGACAAAAGGCGCCUAGUAGAGAACGGCAUCAUGGCAGCCUUGAGGAGCGUUCUGUUUAGUACAACGCCAACGCCUUCUUCUUAUGGAAGGAAAAAGUGCACUCACACUCAAGAAAGUAGCUCCUUUCCCACUUGAAUCUUAGUCAAUUUGUUGACAGUGUGAGUGCACUUUUUCCUUUCAUACUUCUUCAAGCAAUUCUUGUAGUAGACCUGCUCUAGGGCCUUCUUCAAGCAGUAGCAGCAGAAGGAGACGGAUAUUACAGAAAUUCAAACUAAACUUAGAUGCAGAGAGGUACGAAAGCAUAUUGCUCGCAGCAGGUGAACUGGCGGUGCAGGUGGGAACAUCAUCAUCGGCAUCUUCUUCCGUUGACGAGUCAAAGGUGAAAGUACAACAGGGACAAAGUGCUAGAAAUCCACCUGCUUCAUCCAGUAUUAAAACGACUACCACUUCUUCUUCUAAGAAGAUUGAUGGUUCUAUUGUCAGCGAGUUUUUCCUAGAUGCAGUUGUGUCAAUGGGUACGCAAACGCAGAAUCGCUAUAGUACUUCCAGAGAUCAUAGUUCUGAGAUCCCGUCUUCGAACUACACUCCAUGCCUGGCGAAUUUGUUGGAGAAUUUUUGUGACCUUCUCUACCGCCACCACCAUCUUUGUGAAUGGCACGCGGCGAGGGUUUUUGGUGGUGGAGAAGAAGCACACGCUGAUAGCACGAUGAGGGGUGGAGGACAAAUUAUAUCAAAAGUAGUAUCUCCUUCUCCGGCUUCGAACAUUGUUGUAGCUUCAUCUCCAGCUACUGGCGCCGUAACAAAUACAAGCAGGUCAUCUUCUACGCCAUCAACAGCAAGUACCAGCAGCAAAAUAGACACUCAGCAACUUCUCCAUGAUGUGCUUGUAGAGUUGACGGAGAGCAAGCGUCUUUUGUGGGACAAGAUGCAAAGCCAAGUGGCCUUGCUUCUCCUAGGUUGGCGGUUCGAUGAGCUAGGUGGAGAAAGCACGUUUCUACACUGUCUUUUUCUUCUCUCCCUCUUCGUGGAGGAAGGCGACUCCUUUAUGUCUCACACGCCUCAUUGGCUCAAGACAGCUUCGACAAGAAGAGACAACGCUCCUGGAGGUCAGCACCAGUAUUUUUCGACAGCUUUGCGCAAUGCAGCUAGGACGAUCUGCAACCAGUAUUUGGAGUCUUUGCAUCGAGCAAGCUGGGGUUGGAUUCACAGCUUCUUAGAAAACGACUCCUGGCAGCGCGUUCCGGUUCCGGCCAGCUUUCGCUUACUAGAUGCUAGGAAGUUAGCACCACGAUUUCGAAUACUGAAGACCUCAGGACAAAGCACGGCGCUGACGUUUGCGCAAACUAAGAGAAUGCUAUGGCUUCGCGGAGGGCUCAAGCAGGGUGCAGCUGGAGGGCUAGAAAACAGUGACCACGACCUCGAGUCACCUGAUGAUUGGCGCUUCGUAAACCUGUUCUCUCACUACGACGGGCGCGCGAGUCUGAUUGCUGCAACAACUGAGGACUCUGCUUCUUGGGACCAACUACAGGACCAUGAGGAUUCUAUUUCUAGUUCUUCUUCCGUAUCCUCUUCGUCGUCCUCUACUAGUUCUAGUAGCUGUGAUCCAGCUGUUUUGCAAGCGGAAGCAUUGAAACUACGAGAAGAUGGUCCAGUAUUGGCCACCGCUACGAUACAAGUCGGCCAACUGUUGGAACGAUUUUUGCGCUUGUUUUAGGAAGAAUCAACUGAUGCGAGUGUUCGUUUUUAUUUCAUCAACACUACAUUACUUCGCAGUCGGAGUUAGUUCUUCGGUCUUUCAUCCUCUACGCUUCAUCCCUUGUUGAUCCUCUACGCUUCAUCCCUUGUUGAUCCUCUACGCUCCAUCCUUUGUUGAUCCUCUACGCUUCAUCCCUUGUUGAUCUUCUACGCUUCAUCCCUUGUCGCCUUCUAUCCUCUCUGUCUAUCCUCUACUCUGCAUCCCUUCUUUUUCUUUGCCCAUCUUGUCUUCUAAUCCAAACAAGUGUUCGAUGCAGCCUUGUGCCCAGAAGUUUUUUUCUCGCUGGCGCAGUUGUUCGAGUACUAUCUUUAUGGCGUACUCUGCGCAGCGUUGUCGAAGCACGAUCUAA